AUGCCACGCUGGGUGAUGCCACGCUGGGUGAUGCCACGCUGGGUGAUGCCACGCUGGGUGAUGCCACGCUGGGUGAUGCCACGCUGGGUGAUGCCACGCUGGGUGGCCCCUGGCUGGCCUGGCCCCUGCCCCAGACCCUACCACUCCUCGGCCUCACCAACUCACUUGACAAAACUACACUACCCAGCAUGCCUCGGUGUAAAGAGGAAGUACAGGACUGACUACCAGUCCAGCCAGAUCACCCCUCCCAAAAUCAACAACCUUCUGAAAGCCAACGAGUACAGCUACAAGGUGGGCGGGAACAGCUACGACGCCCGCAGCCCGGCCAACUGGGCGUCGGGGUUCGACAGCAACGUCCUGGCCUCCAACUCCCCCAUGGAGGACCGGCGCAGCGCCGCCACCUGCCUGCAGAGCAGGGGAGUGCUGCUGGGGGUGUUCGACGGCCACGCGGGCUCCGCCUGCGCCCAGGCAGUCAGCGAGAGGCUGUUUUACUACAUCGCGGUGGCGUUGCUGCCCCUGCAGACCCUGCUGGACAUGGAGGAGGCGGUGGAGAACGAGAGGCCCGUAUUCCCCAUGCUGCAGUGGCACAAGCACCCCAACGACCACGUGAGCACGGACGCGGGGAAGCUGUACUUCAGCAGCCUGAGGACCUACUGGCAGGAGAGGAUCGACCUGGAGAUGCACGAGGAGGAGCAGCAGGAGAGGGAUGUCCCCAAGGCCCUGGUCAAGGCCUUCCGCAGGCUGGACAACGACAUCUCCCUGGAGGCCCAGGUGGACCACAGGGAGGGAGGGGACCCCUUCUCUCUCUUCACCCCGCUGAGGGUGGCCCUGUCGGGCUGCACGGCCUGCGUGGCCCACCUGGACGGCCCCUUGCUCCACGUGGCCAACCUGGGGGACAGCAGGGCGGUGCUGGGCGUGCAGGAGGACGACGGCAGCUGGAAUGCUCUCACCAUCACCAACGACCACAACGCCAACAACCCGGACGAGCUCCAACGGGUGCUGUCGGAGCACCCCGCCCAGGAGAGGCGCACCGCGGUGAAACACGACCGCCUGCUGGGGCUGCUCAUGCCCUUCCGGGCCUUCGGAGACGUCAAGUUCAAAUGGAGCGGGGAGAUGCUCAGCCGGAUCCACGAGGCCCGUCCGGAGAUCCAGUCCCUGGCCAGCGAGUUCUCCAAGACCCUGCCCCCCAACUAUCACACACCGCCGUACCUGACGGCCGAGCCAGAGGUGACCCGACACCGGCUGAGGCCCAGGGACAAGUUCCUGGUGCUGGCCACCGACGGGCUGUGGGAGCUGAUGCACCGGCAGACGGUGGUGCAGGUGAUCGGGGAGCACCUGUCGGGGCAGCGCUGGCAGCAGCCGGUGUCUGGUGCCUCCUCCACCACCCUGGGGCAGAUGCAGCGCCUCCUGCUGGAGAGGAGGAGCCGGGCGCUGUGGGCCCUGGAGGACGACAACACGGCCACGCACGUGAUCCGCCACGCGCUGGGGGGCGACGGCUACGGCGGGGUGGACCCUCGCCGCCUGGCCAAGAUGCUCAGCCUGCCGCAGGACCUGAGCCGGAUGUACCGGGACGACGUCACCGUCACCGUCAUCCACCUCAACAGCCCCGAUAGCUAAAGCCAAUCAGAUGCAUCCAGUACAGCUAGAGCCAAUCAGAGGCAUCCGGUACAGCUAGAGCCAACCAGAUGCAUCCAGUACAGCUAGAGCCAAUCAGAUGCAUCCAGUACAGCUAGAGCCAAUCAGAUGCAUCCAGUACAGC